AUGCUUGGUCACUCGUGGGGUGAGAUGCUUGCAGUCGAGUGGAUCGCUGCAUCUGCGUAUGCUGCAAACCUCCGUCGCUUGGUCAUAUCGAACAGCCUUGCAAGUAUCGAUGUGUGUAGAGUUGGAAUCACAGCCUUGAGAAAGGAUCUACCAGAGGAUGUCCAAGCCGUCCUCGACCAUGCCGACCAAACGGAAGAAUUCGAAACCCCAGAAUACGAGUCUGCCAUAGAAGUCUUUUGCAAGAGACACCUCAGUCUCACCAAACCUUGGCCAUCGCCAGAGGUUCAGGCUGCUUUGGAUUGGUUUGCAAAAGAUGCUACUACGUAUGGAACAAUGGACGAGCCUAGCGAGCUAUACAUCUCUGGCUCGCUCCGAAACUGGACCUCUUUGCAUUUGCUCGACAGGGUCAAUGUCCCGACCCUCUUGAUCAACGGUACAGCCGACCAGGCAAAGGACGUGGCAAUGCAACAUUUCUUUGAUAAGAUCAAGAAAGUCAAAUGGAUCACAUUGGAUAAUGCAGCCCAUUUCUCGCACGUGGAUCAGCGGGCAAAGUAUAUGCAGCAUCUUGGAGAUUUCUUGGCGGCAUGA